AGCCUGACAACCGGAGGGCGCAGCGACGACGACUGCUUCCCCGUUUGUCACGUGACUGUAGGCGCCUCCGGAGGCCGGCGCGCCGCUCCUUCGGCGCAUGCGCGGGUGCAGGAGGGCGGCCUUUUCUUUUGCCCGUUCUUGGGUCCCAAGAUCUCGCUGGCGGCUUGCCGGUAUAUCUUGCGCACUUUCUUGGAAUGGCGACUUGGCCCGGGACGGUGCUGCUGGCAUGUCUGUUAACCGUCAGCUCGCGGGCUUCGGAGGUCGGGGGUGGCAGCGGAGAGGCCGUCGGCGCCGGGGAGCGGUUUAAGAUCGAGGGUCGCGCCGUGGUGCCGGGAGUGAAGCCCCAGGACUGGAUCGCGGGAGCUCGAGUGCUGGUGGACGGCGAGGAGCAUGUCGGCUUCCUCAAGACAGAUGGAAGCUUUGUGGUUCAUGAUAUUCCUUCUGGAUCCUACGUAGUUGAAGUAAUAUCCCCAGCAUAUAAAUUUGAACCAGUAAGAGUAGACAUCACUUCAAAAGGGAAAAUGAGAGCAAGAUAUGUGAAUUACAUCAAAACAUCAGAAGUAGUCAGACUGCCAUACCCACUUCAGAUGAAAUCCUCUGGACCUCCUUCAUAUUUCAUAAAGAGGGAGUCUUGGGGAUGGACAGACUUCUUGAUGAACCCCAUGGUUAUGAUGAUGAUCCUUCCAUUGUUGAUCUUUGUAUUAUUGCCUAAAGUUGUCAACACAAGUGAUCCUGAUAUGAGGCGGGAAAUGGAGCAAUCAAUGAAUAUGUUAAAUUCUAACCACGAACUGCCCGAUGUCUCGGAGUUUAUGACAAGACUUUUCUCAUCAAAAUCUUCUAGCAAGUCCAGUGGCGGCAGCAGUAAAGCAGGGAAAAGUGGGGUGGGGAAAAGGAGGUAGUUGUUUCUUUCCCUGGAACCACAAACAGCACAACCCUAUUAUGUGAUAUUCUGUGGAAGAACAGAAAGCCACUACUGUACCCUUAAUCCAAUAUGAAGUUGGAUACAAAGACAACUGUUGUGUGUGGUGUAAAUUUUUAACCUAUUUAAAUAUCUUGUUCUUUGAACACAUGCAUGAAGGGAUGUUGCUAACGUUCUGUAUCUCUGUAAGGUCAAUACUGAUGAAGAGCGAACAUCUUUGUAGAGAAUAACAUUAAAGAAUUUAAAUUAUGUG